CUAGCCGUAACAACUGGCUUCAAUAACAAUGCAAACAGGAUGUCCUAGCUGAGGCCUGUGGCCACAACUCUGAAGCCUGAGUCUUGGCGCUUGGGGCGCAAACCAGAGCAGUCUUUAAUUUGAGCGGCUGCUAAGGAAUCCGUAUGCCGACGUCUGGAACGCGUAACACUUUGGUCGCGCGCGUGUCCGAUGAAUCCGCUGCCCUGUUCUCAACUCGCGGGCGGAGGGGACCGCGUCUGCCUGGCGCUGACACGUCUGUCAAAGGAGCUGAUCGCGGAUGCGGGCAUGGGUGGAGGAACGAGUGGUAACACUUCCGGUGGCAUGGCUAGCACGGGCGGCUGCGACAGCAGCGACUGCCUGUUCUGUCAGUACCGCUCCAAUAGCCCCUUCCACCUGAACGCCUACGCCGGCAAGCUUACGACGCUGCUCCGCAAGCGCUCCGCAAACGGCGCCGCUCUGGCGUCAUUGAAUACACUGCUAGAAACCAGCAGCACGGAGCAGGGCGCAGCGCUGCUGGCGGCGGUGGGCGGCGCCGCAGCAGUUGCGUGCGGGUCUAUCAACGCAGCCAAGCGGCACAGGACGGGGUCGCAUUCCGGCUCUCACGCGGGGUCGGCCACGUUGCCGCUGGUGACCGCCGGCGCCACAGCGAUAGCAACAGGCACCGCAAGGCUGGAGCAUGGCUCGCUCAGCAGUGAUGCCCUCGAGCGGACGGCGACGGCUGAGCUGUCGGCAGUGGCGGGUUUCGCGGCCGCGAGGACAUCACCAGAGUCCGGCGGCAGCCGCGGGAAGGCGCAGCGUGUGGGCGCAGAGCACGACUGCCGGACAAUGUGUGAGGGCGGCUGCGAGGGCCACAACGGCCGGGCAGCGCUGCAGCUGCACGCAUCUUCAACAAGCGGCGUGGCGGUUGACGGGGUUCUGCCAUCCAACGGCGUCGUCUUGAUGCCGCUAGCGAACGGCAGUGAUGGGUUGGGGCGGCGAGCUGCUUCUGUGUCCAACGGGCACACGGUUUCGUACGCUCGCGGUGACGCCAGUGAGGUGGAGCCCGGGCUGUCGUCUCUGUCGUUGGACCAGCACGUGCAGCCCGACCAUCACCUGCAGCCCAGCCGGUGUCAACCACCGCUGCCCGCUUCCAACGGCGCCGGCAGCACCAGCGCGGCGGGCUGCGAGGCCGGGAGUCAGUUCCCGGACGGCUGGGCCUUUCGGCCGGAGUGGCGUGGCCGCGACGACCCGGCCCCUGCGGAAUUGCAGGAGGUGCUCCGGCUGUCAGCGGGCGGCGGCUGUUCGACCUCCUCGGGGCAGGGGGGGCCACAUGGGCGAUCCGGGAGUGGCAGCGGUGCGCGGCGCCCCGCGCACCGGAUCUCCGGCAGCGGCGGCUCUGCUGGCGCCGGCAUUGUGUGUGCCCUGGAGUUCUCGCCGGAUGGCCGGCUGCUGGCGGCAGGCGGUGUGGACAAACAGAUCCGGCUUUACAACCUGAGUAGUUUCUUUGGCGAUCUGGAGGACGAUGACGAGCUCGGCCUGCUCACGGACGCCGCGGACGGCGGUCGCAACGGCGCUCGCGCGCUGCAGUCAAGCCCGCGCAGCCUGCGUGACAGCCACGACGACGACGACGACGAGGAUGACGAUGACGAUGAUGAUGACCGGCGCAUCCGGAAAGCCCGGCAGCAGGCGGCGGCGGCGCGCGGGAAGGCGGCGUCGGAUGAGGGCGAGGACGAUGCUGGCGAGGAGGGACUGCUAGCGGUGGUGCAACGCAUGCCUUCCAAAGUCAGCUGCAUCUCCUGGUCGCCCUUCAUGGACGGCGUCAUGACGGUGGGAGACUAUGACGGCGUGUUGCUGCAGCUGCACAUCGCCUCAGGCCACCAGCUGUCAGACGUGGACGCACACGGCGGCCGCAAGAUCUGGAGCGUGGCGCACUCCAGCCGCCGCCCCCACCUGGCCGCCUCCGCCGCGGAUGACCGCACCGCACGCCUGUGGGCCGGCCGCGGCCUGGCGGCGUGCGUGGCCACGCUGCAGCCCAACCCGCGCGCCUCCGUGUGCUGCGUGGACUUCAGCCCCGAGCACGACCACAUGCUCGCGCUGGCCUGCAGCGACCGCGUGUCGUACCUGUACGACCUGCGGCGGCUGGCGGGCGGGCCGCUGGCGGCGCUGCGGCACCAUUCGCGGCCCGCCAGCUACUGCCGAUUCCUCGGCGGCGACCGGCUGGUGACGGCGGCCACGGACGCCUCGCUGGCGCUGUGGGACCUGCGGAACGCGGUGCCGCAGCUGGUGGCGGAGAUGAGCUCGCCGGCGGCGGCAGCGCUGUCGGGCGCGGGCUCGGGCGCAGGGACGGGCGCGGCUGCUUGGGACGCGUCGGCGGACGGCUCGUGCGGUGGGCGGGAUUUGCCGUUUCGCGCUGCGCAGGCCGCGCCGGCGGGCGUUGCUGCGGACGGGGAAUGUGCUGGCGUGGGCGCAACGCGCAGCUGCAGCGAGCCGGCGCGUGUGUUCCGCGGCCACCGCAAUGAGAAGAACUUUGUCGGCCUGAGCGUGCGCUGGCCGGACGGGCUGGUGGCGUGCGGCUCCGAGUGCAGUCGCGCCUUUGCCUACCACACCUCGUGGUCCGACCCGCUUGCGACGCUGGAUCUGGCGCGUAGCGCCGGCGGCGGCGUGGGCGCGUGUCUGCCUCAGCAGCCAGUGGUCGCGAGCUGGGCAUCUGGGCAGCGCGAGAGCGUAGGCGCAGGCCUGCACAGCGGCGGCAACGGCCUUGGUGCCUCCGGGUUUGUCAGCGCUGUUUGCUGGCAGCCGGCGGAGGCAGCGGAGGCCCUGCGCCUGCCGCCGCUGUUGGCAUCAGCAUCGAGCUGCGGCGCAGUCAGCCUGAGCGUGCUUGCGGCGCGGGGCUUGUAAGCUCUGCUGACGGGAAAGGCGCCCGCACAUGCGCAUGGUGGCCGUGGUAGGGAACACGCAGCUGAAAGGGGAGUGGCUGGUGGUGGUGGUGAAGGCUUGGCAGGGAGGUAGGCUAGUCUGUAGCUCGGAGCGAGGCGUCAGCAACGUGGUGUUGCUGUACACAGGAAAGCAGCAAGGGUGUCGGCGCAUUUCGUGUCACGCUGAGGCAGUAGUAAUACCUACGCCGAAUGUCGUCUUCACCUGAGUGCGGCUGUAAGGUCCCGUGUUCUGUUUUGUAUCCUCUUCGCGGCGAGGUGUGGCUUGGUGCCGUGUUGGCGCCAUGUUUCGGGCCGGUUUCUGUUUGUCGUCUUCCGCAUUGCGCGUGCACUUGUACCGCAUGUGCAUAAAACGCGCACUGUGAGCGCGGCGUUUGAGCGGACGGCGGUAACGUUGUUGGUGUAUUGUUUGUGUCUUCCUGACAUGCCUGACGCUCUGACUCCUCCUUCAGGUCCUAUCGUGCUUGCAAGCGCGGGAGCGGCAGCUGCUGCUUAGCUACGCGCGCUGUACUCGAACCUGGAAAGGACUGUCAUUGAAAACUUAUCGCGUUGAGACAGUGGUUGUGCACCAAGUGCGACCACUUUCCAUGCAUUCAUGUCAGUGUAGGCGUACAAGUGAGUGAAAGAGUGCGAGUGGUAGCUAGGCGCUGCGAAAUGGCCCAGAGCGCAGGGGCAUAGCUGUGGUAGGCCCCUGCGGCUUGAGGCUUCAGGCAGGCGUUGUGGCGGUGAGGAAACCUGGCCGGCUCGCCUCCUGCAUAGCAGCAGGGAGAUGACUGAGUAGCUGUGUGAGCUGGGUGUGCGUCGAGUGACGAGUGGACAGUUGCCGGUGGAGCGCAGCGGUCCCAUGGGUAGUAAUCAGCAGGCGCUGGCCGAUGCCGUGCAAUUUUGUUUCUUGGGCUCGAAAGCAUGGCUAGGCGGCGGGGGGUCAGUACGGCUGUUGCACCAAAGGGCUGCCAUGUGUGGUAUUCGCAUUGUGCAUGUGCAGCAUUCAGCUGGCUGAGAGCUGUGAAGAGGGAGUUGACAGGAGGGAUCGGGGAGAGCGCCGCCUAGCACCGUGCCAUAGCACCCACGUGUGCUAUGUGCGUGGGUACGAACGUGGGUAGACUGCUGAGUGCGCGAGAGUGCGUCAACUGUCACUGACGAGCAGUACUUGAGCUGAGAUUACGGACAAUCAUAUUUGAUUUCGUUCAUGUUUCAUGAGGGAGCGGCUGGUGGAUCUCUUGCGGGGUCGGCUCAAAGGUCCUGAAUGGACCAACUCCUGCAGCAAUCGAGCUCGUGUAAACCAUAUUCUUG